GUCAGGAGGACCUGGCCAGGCGACACAGUCUGUUUGAGUACACAACACCGACAGUGACACCAGCAGUUCCAGUGGGGGGCCUGGUACUGCGAGCCUCAACCAAAAAACCGGUCCUUCUGUCUGUCAUUCUGGGAGAGCACCCUCCGCGGAACUCCCUCAUCUCUCUCAGUGACUUCAUGAACCACAUGAGUGGGUCUGGGGAGUGUGAUGUGAGAGGGUCCAAGUACAGAUGGAGCUAGACCGUCCACCAGGCUCAUCACCUCUCUAAAUCAUCAUCCCUCCUCACAACCACAAGGGGCCGUUGUCGUGGUGAACUCUGAGAAAUGCCUGCUCUGGCUGGAGAAUGUGUUGCAGUCGCUAUGGAUACCGAGGGGUGACACACCCACUCCAUAUCGGGGGUUGCCCCUGGUGAUAUUAGCCCUCGACGACUCAAUUCCAGACAUCCCCUCUCAGGCCGUCGUCCCUGACACCGCGCUGUGCAGGAGAGCCAAAGAGCUGGCCAACGCAGUCCAGUGUGUCCUCGUGACAGAGAGACCCACCGUCCAGCCCAAGAGACUGGUCCUCACCUCGGUCAUCUCUCCUCUCCUCUCCUCCCUCCUUGACUCCGUGACCAGCUACACUGAGUUUCUCUCUGGACGUCUCACGUAUAAUCCCAAGGCCCUCAAUGUUGCGGUGUUCACACUGGCCGAAGACCGUUACUCUCCCAAGGAGUUCCUGUCGCCAUGGUUACACCACCAAGCCGUGUGUAGUGACGGGAAGGCCCUGUUCAUUAACUGUCCGUUGGAGCGACAGCACAGCAUCGUUCAUCUCUCCUUCCACUCAUCGCUGAAUAUUCUGGAGAUAAAGUCAAAGGUGUUUGCAGGGUUCUUAUGUGGCUACUCCCCUCAUAGACCGGCCUCUAUCGCCAUUCUCAGACACCUUCUCUCUCAACUACCCAAUAUCCCUGUGCUCAUUAUUGCCAUGGUGACUGAUCCAUCAUGUGGAAAUCAUGUGACUGAUGAGGGGCGGAGACUGGCAGAGCAGCACGGAGCUUCUUUCCUCGCCAGCAACAGUCGCGAGUGGGGCAUUGGCUGUACAACGGAGUUCUUCUCCAAAUGCUGGUUCAGUCGGUUCUCGUCGUGGCAGAUUCAGAACUUCAAUCCCAGAGGAAAUAGAGACAGGCCCCUCCCCCAGCCGGUGACCACCAGUCACUCCUCCAUGCACGACCUCACCAGCAGCAGCCGAGACGAGAUGUCUUCCUCCCUCCCUGCCCCGCCCGGCCCCUCCCUCCCCCACCUCACUCUGACUCCGCCCGACCGAUGUCACCCUCGCGACCUCACUCCAUCGCGGGUUUUCUCUCGGACACGCCUCUGUCUCCGAGGUUGCUGUCUCCCCCCCCUCCCCCUUCCCCCCUCACCUCUCCUCCUUCCUUCACCUCCUCCCUUCCUCGCCCUUCCAAGAACAAGGCUGGGAAGAAGGCAGUGUCCCAGGAGGAGCAGAUAUACUCAGACCCUGUGGAGAUGGUGAUGGGCAGCCAGCAGAAGAAGGCCACACUCCAACGACGCCAGGAGCGGGGUGCAACCCUACCCCGUACCCCGGGGGGAACUACCCCGCUCUCCCCCGACCACACCGUCUUUCUUACUCCACCUCCAGCAAUCAGCCUCCAAAUUAGAGGCGGACACCUCGUACGCCGACCCCAAGGACAUCAUUAAGAUUCUCCCGAACUCCGACCUUUCGAGACUUGACGGGCCAUUUCUCCAGUCACCGGAGAUGUCUCUCCGCCUCCUCCUCCUGCUAGUCCCCCACUAACGAAUUGGGGCGGAGCUGGCACAGGGGAGGCCGACGAUCUUUAUGACAGCGUCCAACCGACAACGAAGCAUCGCCAGCUGCUGCACAACAAGGAAAAAGCAGCAAAGACAGCUCAUAAGAUGAUUGGCAAUAGGACCGAUCUCACUCGGCAAACCAGCAGGAAAUACGACCACCUCACAGAGGCUGAGGGUUAGCCCUGCAGCCAACAAGGGGGAAAUGACAGAAAUCAGGGAACAGGGGAAGGGUGAAAUAAACAACAGCCCUUCACCCUUCGGAGCGGACCACCUUCCCCCACUACGGCGUAUCCCAAUUGGGGGUCACCCACAGACGCAGCAAACUGGGGAGUACUACCACACAGUACAUCAGCCUAAACCAACAAGGGAAACCUUACGGAGUAAGCAAACUGUGAGGUCAGAGAGAAAGGCUCGAAUAGGACCCAUGGUCCUGAAAUUCUGGCCAGGAAACAGGUGAACAAAACCAAGUGACACCCAGCGGACCCACCAGUCUAAAAUAUAUGCUGUCGUCGACAGAAAAGCAGGACCAA